ACAGCCUCGAAGUGCAACAGUGCUGGCAAAUUUAAUUCCACUGAGUGUCUGUUUAAAUUAAAUAUACAGUGUCCUGUCGCUGUGGGGAAAAAACACAGAGAUUUUAGUGGAUGAAAAUUGCGGUGAACACAUAGGAAAACUGUUGAAAAAUUAAUCAAAAGCUCAUUAAAAGUUUAGUGAAUUGAAAAAAGUGCAAUGAAGCGACAAUCCUGCAAAAGUGACGCAUGGCUUUGAAGGCUUAAACCGCCUCUGAGAACACUCAAUGUAUUUGGAUCCCGCCGGAGGAUGGAUCCAAAGGCGGGAGUCUGGCUAGUGGCGCCGUCCGUUCGCAACGCCAGCUGCUCCCAUCCGCGCUACACCGCCCACUCCCUGUGGAGCCUCGUGGGCCCCGUGGAGGCGCUGCAGGCCCUCCUCGUGUUUAGUCUCGCCGUGGGAAUCAUCGGUGCGAAUCUCAUGGUCAUCCUCGUGAUAAACAACCGCCGCUACUCGUCGUACAUCCAGCCGCAGCCACGGUACCUGCUGACAUCGCUGGCACUUAAUGACCUGGCGAUUGGCGUUCUUAUCACCCCGUUCGGUGUCGUCUCGGCGCUCUUCCACUGCUGGGCCUUCGGCGAGGUUGUGUGCCAAAUUCAGGCUCUCCUCCGUGGCGCUCUAUCGCAGCAGAGCGCAGUAAUUCUAGUCUGCAUGGCCAUCGAUCGGUAUCUGAGCGCUCUUCAUCCUAACCGAUAUCACCAGCACUCGAGCAAGAAGGGAUGCGUUGUGAUGCUGAGCUUUGGGUGGAUUGCAUGUCUCACGGUGUUUGGAAUGCUGGUGCUUCCCAAAGGUUAUUACUACAAUUCGACGGGUCUGCUGGCGUGCGAGCCCUUCUACAGUCGCGCCUCCUUCCGCAUUCUCGCCACUUGUGCCCUCUACUUCCCCACCACGAUGGUGCUCAUGUACUGCUAUGGCUCCAGCUUCCACACGAGCCGCCUCAGGCUCACCUGUGAAUCCAACAAAUCGCCCCAGGAAGCACCUGAGCCGCAAACCAGCGUCACGAUAAUCACAGAGAAACCGCCGCAUUCGGCCGUACAGGAGCGUCACGUGAGCGGCUCAACGUCACGCACGAUGGCCGCCAUGUCGCUGGGCUUCAUCGUGAUGGUGACUCCAUGGACAAUACAGGAAAUCGUGGCAGCGUGCACGGGAUCAAAGGUCCCACCAUUUCUGGACUUCUUCGUCACGUGGACCGCCAUUAGCAACAGCUUCUGGAAUCCCUUUCUCUACUGGCUCCUGAACGCGCACUUUCGUCGGAUCGGUCGCGAGUUCUUCACAUCAUGGUGGUGCACCAGUGACGAUCCGAUGGCGCGCAAGUCGCGCUGCUGCAGCGUCAGCUCAGAGUGCGAUCCCAUCUCGCUUCCGGUGCCGCCGGCGCCGCCCAAAUCGCAGCCGCCGCGACCCGACAUCGAGGGCAUGUCGGAGAAGUACUGGGGCGAGAUUCUGGAGCGCACCGUCAGCUCCACGUCCCUGCACGCCCUGCAGCGCGCCUACGCGGGCCGCAAGAGCACCAGCUUCGGCAGCCUGAAUCUCACUGACCUGGAAGUGGGCGAACACACGUUCCACGCCGCCUCGUGCGCCAGGAACAAGAUCCUGCUGGAGGAUCCGGGACCCAGACACACCAUCAAGGGUCUGCCGGACAUUUAGUUAUAAGUCGCUGUCGAAAAUGUGUUGAUGGAAUGUGUAUGUGGAAAACUUCCCCUGACUCUUUUCUCCAUUCAAUUUUCCCUCUGUGGGUGUUUUUUUCCACACGCGAUUUAGACGUAAUUUGAGGUGAAUUCGCUGUAAAUCCGCGAAUAAUUGGCUGCAUGAGGAAACUUUUCCUCUCAAAGAACAUGUCAAACAUCAUUUGGAUUAUCCCGGAUCGCGUGGAGGAAGCUAACAAGACAUUGUCAGCACAUAUUUUCGCCGCAUGUAUCAGAAUUCUCCCCCGAACUCCCUAAACAAUGCAAAUCUACAUGAGGUUUUCCGUGUUUGUGUGCGCAAAGCAGGAGCAAGUCUCUUUAUUAACCUUAACACACCCAAUUCAAUAGUUUAACGGACAUCGUGAGAUGUUGUGUUCUUCACGUCUUUUCUGUGAUUGAAAUGCUCGUCAGAAAAGUGCGGAUAAAUUUGUAGUGUUUUAUUAUAGAUAGAAAUGUGUCAAGGCGGGAAGACUUUUUCUAUAGUUGAUUUUCUAGUAAACAUGAAUUUAGAGAGAAGAAAAGAAUUGUAGGGAAGAAUUAAAUUUAAAAAAAAAAUCAUUUUUUAAAACGAUUGUCGAUCAUUUAGUGAAAGUAUAGCAUAUUAUACAAUAUAUCUAUGACUUUUUGUAUUAAAGCGCACGAUUUUC